AUGGCCUUCAUGGCGCUCGCUACGCAGCUGCUCGGUGGCGGCGAGAUCCCCGGCCGCGAGAUGCUGUUUGGCAACGCGUCUCUGCAGUCGCCGCUCGAGAACUCACCGGACAACGCCGCCGCAGUCUGCUGCUCCGAGGAAUGCUCAGCUAACGUGCCGACGUGCCACCGGCGCUGCGCCCUCUUUGGCCAUGACGCGCUGCAUCGUGGCCUUGGGCGCUUCGUCGCGAGCGCUCUCCGAGGCGCUGCGAGGUGGGAGUUCUGCGUAACGUACUCCGACAUGCGGUUCCCGCGCGACACACACGAGCUCCUGCGCCCGCCAGGCGGCGACGCCAAGGAGGUGCCCGACGCACUCGUGCUGGAUCCCGCCAUUUGGCCCGUCUGGAAGGGGUGGCUGUCCAGGAACGCCACCACUCCUUACGCCGCCGCGCUCACGGCGCUGCUGCGCCGCGCUGUGGCGACAAACGUGGCAAGCGGCAAGCCAAGGGCGGUCGUGCUGUGGUCCUCGCCGCCUACACUCAGGGUGGAGGCAACCGGGCGAAGACCGAGUAAGUUCGACUUUCGGCAGCGGGCCGUGGCGAGCGCGCGAGACAUUGCCCUCGCGGCCAUGGAGCAGGUGGCCGAGGAGGAGCAUCGGCGAGAGGGCUGCAUGUCGUCGCAGCGGGGGCGCGGCACCAGCCGAUUCAUGCGCAUGGCGUUCGUCGAUGUGCUGCGGAUCGGCCUCGACGGCAUUGCAACCGGCCGCAUGCCGCUCUUCAGAGGAGCCAGCCACGACGGAGUACACUGGCCUGGCGGUAAACGUCUCCGGACACACACAAAGUGGUGGGGCAAGGGGGGGCGCGACCCUCGCGUCUCCACGCCCGGACACGGGCAGGAGCCCCACGGCAUUCAAAGUGCAAGCACCGGCCCGGUGCCGUGGGUGAGCAACCAGUGGGAUGGGGGGCUCUGA